AAAACACAAAUCCUUCCACUCGCGCUCUCACAUGGCCGGGAAGAAAGCCGUCUUGUUCAACUUCUGGGGAGUUGCUGUCUCCUCCAGACCUGAAUCUGUUUUCCACCAGCUGGAGAAGCUGCACAGCCUGCCGGGAGGUUUUCUCAGAGAGGUUGCAUCUCUAAAGGACGGCGCCAUGAGGCAGGCAGAGAGAGGCGCCAUGACACUUUCUCAGAUGAUCCCAGCGCUGGAGGCCGAGUGUGUGAAGGAGGCUGAGAUCAGGGGCGUGACUCUGCCUUCUGAUUGGUCAGUCAGAGGCCUGCUGGAGCAGCUCAGAGAGACCAUGAUGGACGUCCAACCCGCCGUGCUGAAGACAGCUGCCAGUCUUCAUCGCAGCGGAAUACUCACAGCCGUGCUGGCCAAUCACUGGCUGGAUGACAGCGCCUCUGGACACGCCCCCGCCGGCCUCCUCUCGCUGUUGGGUGGCCAUUUUGACCUGGUCCUCCAGUCCUGCCAUUCAGGUCACAGGGUCCCCGAGUCCGCCAUGUUCAGCUUUGCUCUGCAGCACCUGGGAGUGACGUCACAACAGGCUGUGUGGCUGGAUGCAGAUGAUGAGGGCGUGAAGGCAGCAGAAGCAGCAGGAAUGAAGGCCAUCUUGGUGGAGAAUCUGGACGCCGCUCUGGACAAACUGGCCGACUUCACUGGAGUUCAGGCUGUUGGAGCAGAGGGUCCUCCACCGUCCUGCAGCCCUGACCGAGUUCCUCAUGGAUACGUCUCCAUCAGACCUGGUGUGACCACUCACUUCGUGGAGAUGGGCUCCGGUCCAGCGGUCCUGCUGUGUCACGGCUUCCCUGAGAGCUGGUACUCCUGGAGGUACCAGAUCCCCGCCUUGGCUGCAGCAGGGUUCAGGGUGUUGGCUCUGGACAUGAAGGGAUAUGGAGAGUCCACGGCGCCCCCUGACAUACAGGAAUAUUCUCAGGAGCAGCUUUGCAAGGAUUUAAUCACAUUUAUGGACAAAAUGUCGAUCCCACAGGUCACCCUGGUGGGUCACGACUGGGGCGGCUUCCUGGUGUGGACGAUGGCUCAGUACUUCCCAGAGAGAGUCAGGGCUGUAGCAUCUCUGAACACUCCUCUGUUCCCGGUGGAUCCCAAAGUUUCUCCUUUAGAGAAGCUGAAGGCUCUUCCCAUAUUUGACUACCAGAUCUACUUCCAGAAACCAGGUGUAGCAGAGGCCGAGCUGGAGAAGGAUUUGGAGAGAACGUUCAAGAUUUUCUUUUUCAGCAGCAGUGAAGCGGCCAGUCGUCCUGCUGUCAGCACUGCAGGAGUCUGUGCUCGAGGCGGUCUGUUUGUGGGUCUGCCGGAGCAGAUCCCCAGGAGCUCCAUGCUGACGGAGGCCGAUCUGCAGUACUACGUCAGCCAGUACAAAGACAGAGGCUUCAGGAGGCCCUUGAACUGGUAUCGAAACAAUGAGGCGAACUGGAAGUGGAUGUGCUCCCGACCCACUGGGAAGCUGCUGAUGCCGGCGCUGAUGGUGACGGCAGGUAAAGACAUCGUUCUGCUGCCGGAGUUAUCGAAGGGAAUGGAGGACUUGAUCCCCAACCUGAGCAGAGGACACAUCGAACAGUGUUCACAUUGGACUCAGGUGGAAAAACCAGCAGAGACAAACAACAUCCUGAUUUCAUGGCUGAAAGAGACACACAUGAAGGCUGGAGGGGUUACCAUGGCACCCAAACUGUAAGGAAGGAAGGAAGGAAAGAAGAAUGAAGGAAACGAUCUGAAGAUUCAUUCUGUCAAACAAAAGUUUACUAAAGUUAGAAAUCAACAGUUGAAGCAGAAUUCUGCAGCGACUGAAUAAAAACAAACUGAAUCAAGAGCGAAUAAACAGAAAGAAUGAGUGAAAAUAAAAACAUCAGGGGACAGAAAUGUUGAACAGGAUCAAAUCACCUGAGAGAAAAACAGUAGAAAUGUCACAUUACACAUUUUUCCCCUAAAACUGAUACUAAAUAACUCGAUCUGCAUUAAAACUUUGUCUCUGAUUAUCAACAGUGUGACUCAAAAUACCAUUUUAUCUGUAAAUCAAGUUUUCUUCUAAUAAACUGAACGUUUGAUGAA